GGCUGCUCAAGCAGCCGGUGCCGCUGCAGAUCGAGCGCUACUCCCGCUUCUCGCCCUCGCCGCUCUCCAUCAAGCAGUUCCUGGACUUCGACCGUCAGCUCGUCGCGCGCAGGGGAUGUAACCUGUUCUCCUGUUCUGUUGUCCUCUCCCGGGCGCUCAGUCUAGUGCUCUGCACGCAGUAGGCGCUGACCGACAAAGGCGAGAUAAUGCCUGCGAAAAGACGUCGUACAUGUUCCUUCGGAAAGAGCUUCCGGUGCGAUUGGCCAACACGAUGAGGGAAGUCAACCUCCUGCCCGACAACCUUCUCAGCCGGCCUUCCGUCGGGCUGGUGCAGAGCUGGUACAUGCAGAGCUUCCUCGAACUUUUAGACUAUGAGAAUAAAAGCCCGGAAGACCCUCACGUCUUGGAUGACUUUCUCCAAGUCCUGAUAAAGGUCCGAAACCGGCACAAUGACGUGGUCCCCACGAUGGCCCAGGGGGUGAUCGAAUACAAAGAGAAGUACGGGUUCGAUCCUUUCAUCAGCAGCAACAUCCAGUAUUUCCUGGACCGCUUCUACACCAACCGCAUCUCCUUCCGCAUGCUCAUUAACCAGCACACCCUUCUGUUCGGCGGUGACACCAACCCGGCUCACCCCAAGCACAUCGGGAGCAUCGACCCCACCUGCAACGUGGCCGACGUCGUCAAGGACGCCUAUGAGACGGCCAAGAUGCUGUGUGAGCAGUACUAUCUCGUAGCCCCCGAGUUGGAAGUUGAAGAAUUUAACGCCAAAGCUCCGGAGAAGCCCAUUCAAGUCGUUUACGUACCUUCUCACCUGUUUCACAUGCUAUUUGAGUUGUUCAAGAACUCCAUGAGAGCAACGGUGGAGCUGCACGAAGGGAGGAAAGAAGGCUACCCGGCCGUUAAGACUCUAGUCACUUUGGGAAAAGAAGACCUGUCCAUUAAGAUAAGCGACCGGGGAGGCGGCGUGCCCCUCAGGAAGAUCGACCGCCUGUUCAACUAUAUGUAUUCGACGGCUCCCAGGCCGAGCCUGGAACCGUCGCGGGCCGCCCCUCUGGCCGGGUUUGGCUACGGCCUGCCCAUUUCCCGUCUGUACGCCAGGUAUUUCCAGGGGGACCUCAAGCUCUAUUCCAUGGAAGGCGUGGGAACGGACGCCGUGAUUUAUCUGAAGGCCCUUUCAAGUGAAUCAUUUGAGAGGCUGCCGGUGUUUAAUAAGUCGGCCUGGCGGCACUAUAAGACGACGCCCGAAGCCGACGACUGGAGCAACCCCAGCAGCGAACCCAGGGACGCUUCCAAAUACAAGGCCGACCCAGACAAGGCGAAAAGCGACCGGACGCCGUGAGGAGCCGUGGACCGGGAAGGAACGUCGCGUCUCCCGCAGCGGCUCGCCCGGCGAGCGGCCGACCCCGGGGCCGGCCCGGGCGCCUCCGGGACGACGGCUCCGGCCCGGUCCGGCCCCGCCGACGGCCCCGGGGCGUCCGGCCGGCGGGCGCCUUGACGGUCGGGCGGGCCCCGUGCCCUCCACCGCGGCUUCCGCCCCGUCCGCUCGCCACCCCCCGCCCCCGCCUCCACCCGUCUCGGCGGCGUCCGGCGGGGCCGCCGUCUACUCCACGGCCGGGCGCCGCCCCGGCGUCCGUCGCCGGCCGAGACUUUCCGCCGCGCCCCAGUCGUCCGUCCCUCGGCCCCCGGCCCCUCCCGCUCUCCGUCCCUCUCCCGCCGUCGAUCUCCAUCCCGCGUGUACCUCGCCCCGCUCUCCGAUUAAAGCGUUCUCAAAGCCGA